AUGUGUGGCAUCUUCGGAUACAUCAAUUACCUGGUGGAGAAGGAUAGAAAAUACAUUCUCGACACUUUAGUCAACGGCCUGUCCCGUCUCGAAUAUCGUGGUUAUGACUCUGCUGGUCUUGCAGUCGAUGGUGACAAGAAGAACGAGGUCUUCGCUUUCAAGGAAGUUGGAAAGGUCGCAAAAUUGAAGGCUCUAAUUGAGCAGGAAAAGCCAGAUUUGACCAAGAUUUUCGAUUCCCACGCGGGUAUUGCACACACCAGAUGGGCGACUCACGGCCCCCCAUCCCGCCUCAACUGCCAUCCACACAGAUCCGACCCAACCUGGGAAUUCUCGGUCGUCCACAAUGGUAUCAUCACCAACUACAAGGAGCUCAAGACCCUGUUGACGGCCAAGGGAUUCAAGUUCGAGACUGAAACCGAUACUGAGUGCAUUGCCAAGUUGGCCAAAUACCUCUACGACCAACACCCAGAAAUCGGAUUCACUGAUUUGGCCAAGGCUGUCAUUAAGGAGUUGCAAGGUGCAUUCGGUCUUUUGAUGAAAUCCGUCCACUAUCCACAUGAAGUUAUUGCUGCCAGAAAGGGUUCCCCACUCGUUAUUGGUGUCCGAACAGAGAAGCGCAUGAAGGUUGACUUUGUCGAUGUUGAAUACGCUGAGGAUGGACCACUACCUGCCGAGAAGGCUUCCCAGAAUGUCGCCAUCAAGAAGUCGAGCGUUGGAAACUUCCUCACAGCUGGCAACCUCCUUGCCCCAGCCGACAAAUCGCUCUUGCACCGCUCGCAAUCCAGAGCUUUCAUGACCGAUGAUGGAGCACCAAUGCCAACUGAGUUCUUCUUGUCUUCGGAUCCAUCAGCUAUUGUUGAGCACACCAAGAAGGUCAUGUACCUGGAGGAUGACGAUAUUGCACACAUCCAUGAGGGUUCUCUCAACAUCCACAGACUCACAAAGGCCGACGGUUCCUCAAAUGUCCGAACAAUUCAGACCCUUGAGCUUGAGCUCCAAGAAAUCAUGAAGGGCAAAUUCGAUCACUUCAUGCAAAAGGAGAUUUUCGAGCAACCUGAGUCAGUUGUCAACACUAUGAGAGGUCGUCUCGAUAUCGAGAACAAGCAGGUUACUCUUGGUGGAUUAAGAUCAUAUAUUUCUACCAUCCGCCGUUGCAGAAGAAUUAUCUUCAUUGCUUGCGGAACCAGUUAUCACUCUUGCAUGGCAGUUCGUGGUGCGUUUGAGGAACUGACUGAGAUUCCUAUCUCUGUUGAGUUGGCUUCCGAUUUCCUUGACAGACAGGCCCCUGUAUUCCGUGAUGAUACUUGCGUCUUUGUCUCGCAGUCCGGUGAGACUGCCGAUUCGCUUAUGGCCUUGAGAUACUGCUUGGAGCGCGGUGCUUUGACUGUCGGUAUCGUCAAUGUUGUCGGUUCUUCAAUCUCACUCCUCACCCACUGUGGUGUACACGUUAACGCCGGUCCCGAAAUCGGUGUUGCAUCUACAAAGGCAUACACAUCCCAAUUUAUUGCCAUGAUCAUGUUUGCUUUGUCUUUGAGCGAGGAUAGAGCAUCCAAGCAGAAGAGACGAGAGGACAUUAUGGAGGGUCUUGGUAAGAUUUCCGAUCAGAUCAAGGAGAUCUUGAAGCUUGAUCAACCUAUCAAGGAGCUCUGUGCGAGAACAUUCAAGCACCAAAAGAGUUUGUUACUCCUAGGUAGAGGAAGCCAAUUUUCCACUGCCUUGGAGGGUGCUUUGAAGAUCAAGGAAAUCUCCUAUCUUCACUGCGAAGCUGUCAUGUCUGGUGAGCUCAAGCAUGGUGUUCUGGCUUUGGUGGACGAGGAUCUUCCUAUCAUCAUGAUUCUCACUCGUGAUGAGAUCUUUGCCAAGUCUUUGAACGCUUAUCAGCAAGUCAUUGCGCGUAGCGGAAAGCCAAUUGUCAUCUGCAAUCCUAAUGAUGAGGAGUUUGCUGGUGGAAAGGCCGAGAAGAUCGAGAUCCCAAAGACCGUCGAUUGCUUACAAGGUCUCCUCAACGUCAUCCCUCUCCAGCUUAUGGCAUACUGGCUUGCCGUUGCUGAAGGUUUGAACGUUGACUUCCCACGUAACUUGGCCAAGUCUGUCACCGUCGAAUAG